AUGGUUGCUGUCCACUUCAUACUGACCUUCCUAAUGGCGGCGGUGAUCCCCGCCAUCGGGCAGAGGAAGUGUUCCAAGAUUUCCCAGCGACGGGCCUGGCAUACUCUGAGUGAUAAUGAGAAACGUGACUACAUCGACGCUGAGUUGUGCUUGAUGAGCAAGGAGCCAAAAUUCGGAUUCGACGGUGCGAGGAAUAGAUUCGAAGAACUCCAAGCGGCUCACCAAGUCCAAGCUCACAUUAUCCACGGCGUCGGCGCCUUCCUUCCGUUCCAUAGACUGCUCAUGCAUGCUCAUGAAACUCUCCUCAGGACAGAGUGCGGCUACCAGGGAACCCAACCCUAUUGGGACGAAACGCGUGACGCCGGGAGUGUCAGCAGAUCCGUCAUUCUCGACCCGGAUACGGGCUUCGGAGGAAAUGGCGUCGGUGAGGAUGGAUGCAUUGCCGACGGGCCUUUUGCUGGCUAUAUCAAUAGUCUUGGGCCUGGCUAUAAGAUUACGGACCAUUGCAUCACGCGAUAUAUCAAUAACACCAGAAGUCUCCAGGCAGGCCAGCGCUAUAUCGAUAGGUGCUACGCGAGACAGACAUUUGUCGAAGCGUGGCCCUGUCUUGAGGGCUCUCCUCACAACUCUGGCCAUGGAGCCAUUAGCGGUUUGAUGAUGGACCCUAUCGCAAGUCCCGGCGAUCCAAUAUUUUACCUUCACCACACAUGGCUUGACAAAGUCUGGUGGGAAUGGCAGCUUCUGGACCCCCCUGCCCGUCUAACUGACAUCGGAGGCCGCAACACGCAAGACGGCUCAGAGGGAUUUCCGGGGUUCCCGCCCAAUGCUGGUCCUCGUAGACCGGCGCCGCGUGAUGUAUCCGGCGGCGAUGAUCCAGGAUUUAAUCUCGGCUUCCCCGGCGACGAAGAUUUGAUCGAUUGGGAUGAUGUUGACUGGGACAAUAUUGGAUUUCCUUCUCUGCCAGGAAGUGAUGGAGGAGACUUCGAGAUGCCACCCGGCCUAUUCUUGCCGCCAGACGCUAUGAGACCUCCUAAAGACGCUGAGCCGCAAGACCCCAAGGGUGACCCGGGUGAUGAGACCACACUGAAUCACGUCUUGAACAUGUUUGGCCUUAUUCCCGAAGCAACAAUCAGGGAGGUGAUGGACAUUUCCGGGGGGUUGCUCUGUUACGAGUAUGUUUAA